AUGCUGCUGUCUUCCUAUAUAGGUGGGCCGAUUAUUGAGCGGCGAUGUGCGCCCCCCGUCUUGCAACCUCCAUCGGACGUAGAAGAUACAACAGCCUGCGAAAUUUGUCACUCCCAAGAGGACGAAGCCUACUUACUUUUAUGUGACUCCUGUGACAAGGGUUAUCAUACGUAUUGCUUGCCUAAUCCUCUUUCCGAAAUUCCCGAUGGUGAUUGGUUUUGCCCUGUCUGCGAAAGUGAACUUGAACAUGCAGAACAAGAAGUGUCAGGUGAUGACUUCCCGCGUCCACGUCGUAGCUCUCGAAGUCGGAGGAGAAUGUCAUUUGCUGACUACUCAGCAGAGGAGACGAGUAGUUUAGGCGAAAAUGCAGACGAGGAUGAGGAGCAGGACGAGAAUUCUCACUCUUAUCUUCACUAUCUCUCCACAGAAUCGCAGAACCGUCUUGCUCGAAUUGCGGCACGACGCCAUCGAGGAACAGGUCUGCUAAGAAACCUCAUUGAACAGCUUUCAGAACGGGUAGAAAUGGAAGAACAACAAAGGCGUCGUAAUCGAAGGCAGAGUCAAAGACGUCGCGUCCGUCUUGCCGAAACAAUCAGCUCCCCUGCUCCCUUAGAUCCCCCUGUACAACCGUCAACUUCAUCACCUCUGCAACCUGCGACUACUACCCAAAACCGCCGUUUCCCUGUUAGAUGUCGAAAACGUCGUCUAAUCGUGGACUGUUCAUCCUCAUCAGAUUCUGACGAUAUGAGAGGAACCCCCGCCACCUCAAGACUUCCAGAGCCCCACUCAGGCCUGUCCGAGUGCGAUUCGAAUGCUGACUCAUUAAUUGCUUCGCCAAUACUCCCACCUCGUCGCCGGUUGAAGUCGAAUCCCAUUCAAAGCGGUGAUGAGGAUGCGUCUUCUUCACUUUCGAAACCCAAUGAUUCCGCCAUUUUUGGUCCAGACCGAAUUUAUGCUAACGACAGUAGGCAGGAUCUCUUCAUAUCUUUAACUAAUGAUCCAGCUCUCGACGAUACUGUGGACGACAUACAUGCCACUGCGUCGAAGAAACCUGAUGAGCGCAACAGCAGUGCCGUUAAACGGAAAAGGAGGAGGGCUAAAAGACGCAGAAUGACGUCUAAGAGCAGUCGUGUUUCAAGAGCGCGAAGAAAUGUUAAAAAAAGUCGCACUUCGGUGUCCGUAAAAAAAUCAAAGAAAAGGCAGCGCGUGCGUUUGAAUUCCACCCAACAGAGCCUUCAGAAUUCUGUUCGCCAGCGCAACCUUCUACAAGCCAUGGCACCGGCCGAAGGAAUCAGCGCAGCGAUUUUCGCCGACCAACACCAAGGCUUUCAAUUACAGGAACUGAAGUUGACUACGGGUAGGCAUUUUCCCCAUGGGAAGUGGAGGUUCGCCUUUUUCUUGCGGCUCUACAUUGGGCUCCUUUCCGAAUCAGAAGACGAUAGUGGAACAAAAAAGUCGGAACAGCAGUCCUCGCCCCGCCCCUCUGCCUCCUCUUCCUUGGGAUUGUUGAGUCGCCUUGAAGCGGACCAGUCAUCUUUAUUUCAAUUCCGAACGUCGAAUAUGCACGUGAAUCCGGAUAACUCCCUUUCGCCUGUAAAAUCCCCACCUCCUCAGGCGAAGAGGACCUCCAAUUUUCUGAAUCAUGCAUCGGCGGCGAAGAGUGGAGACCCGUCGAGUAAACUUAAUGGUGCUGCCGUGAACGGGACACUUGGGCCUAAAGGUCGGUCACGCAACGAUGUAACGGGGAGUGUCGAGAAAGGUGUCAAUGGUCACGUGUCAAGCGACGCGCCUGAACCGCAAGUGGAUCCACCCAAACGCCCGUUCUCGUCUUCAUCAACGUGGACGUCUGGGGAUGCAGUGCGCGCAAGAAAGACCUUGGCAGCACAUUUGAAAGUUGCCCAUCCUUCGCUAACCGACUCGGCGGCUAGAAAUCGAAUUGUACAGAGGGCUCUUUCUAAGGUGCUUGCAAAGAAGCCAAUUCAUGUAACAGAUUCAAAAAUGAAGAAGCUGAUUGAUGAUUACAAAAUGUGGUCGUCUUCAACAGGCAUCUCGAAAAUCAGUGGAAUUUGGGUCGAGCUCUGUGAUGAGGUCGGCGAUUUUGGCAAUGGGUUGUUCGUCAUCCAGAAGACGGAAAGGGUCCUCUCGGCAAUUUCGAUGUUUGUGCAAUUUCCUCGAGUGGUUUCUCGGUGUGCUAGUCUUGGCUGGGAGGCGUUUGGCUUUGAACCCGGUGCUGCCAACUGCAAGGGGUGCACGGGCCUGUGGGGCUUCGAUGGAGGCCGCAAGCGGCUUUUCUUGAGCCGGUCGUCGUUGUUAGAAGGGCCGUUCUCAACCGUUGACAAGGGCUCUCGGAAUAAGCUGGCUCGACUGGGUCGAUGCUAUAGGCUCCAAAGUAAGGCGCCGAGUGUGAGCGCGAAUGCUGGCGAUGCUAGCGGAAACGUCCCCAAACGAAGUCCUCUGCCGAUUUACCUACGCAAAGCGACUUCUCGACGUCAGGAUUCUGAAACUGCUGAACCCUGCGCACGUUCAUCGACGGUAUUGCGUUCGGUAGACAGUGAGGUCGUGCCCCAUAAAUACGGAGAUUGCUUCCUUGAAAAGGAUAUGACUAGUUUACUCGAAUUUGAAAGACUAGAGAGAGAGUGCGAUGCUGCUUGCAGGAGCCUUGUUCACUACGGCGUUUGGUUUUGUGCCACAAGGUUUGCCUGGACAGGCGGCUAG